GCAGGGCCUGCGGGGAGAGCUGCUGCUCGCCACAUCCUCCCCUGCCUCCCCACCCUGUGCACGCGGCAGGGCAGCAGCCGCGCUCUGACAGACCCAUGGGGCUCUGCCGAGUGACCCAUGGGCUCCGGGGCCGACUGUUUGCUCCUCCCUGAGUGUGACUGACAGCCACACGGCUGCCUGCCUGCCUGCCUGCCUGUCUCUCUUUGCGUCUGCCCGGCUGGCCACCUGCCUGUCUGCUCGACUUCCCUUCCCCUGUCUGUCCGUCUGCCUGUCUGACCAGCCCUGGUCUGCUGUGGGUCUCUCCCUGGUGCAGUCGAUCUCUGUCCUCUGUCUGUGUGUGACCUCCCUGGGAUGUGACCGACCACUGCCUGUGACCCCGGCUGGCUCUCUCUGUGUGGCCUGCCUGCCUAGGGCACGGGGCCAUCCGUCCCGGUGACAGGUCGUAGGCUUGUCUGGCUGGUGACUCAGGACAGGCUGUGGAUCCCCACCCCCUACACCUGCCUGCUCCCUCUGACUCCCGUCCCACGCCCCCACCCCUGGAAGGCCACUGGAUUCCCCCCCAGCACACAGAAUGGAUUCCUGAGGGAGAAGCUGGGACAGCAGGAUCCCGAGAGCCAGCAUGCUGUGUGGCUGGGCGGCCCCUCUGUUCCUGCUGAUGCUCCAGGGUGCCUGGGGUUGCCUAGACCUCGUCUGCUACACCGAUUACUUCAAGACAGUCGCCUGCACCCUAGAGACAUGGACCCUCCACCCCGGCACGCUCACCCUUACCUGGCAAGACCUAUACGGAGAACUAGUGGACGAGGUCACCUCCUGCAGCCUCCGCCGGUCCACCCACAAUGCCACACACACAGAGUACACGUGCCACAUGGAUGUGUUCCACUUCAUGGCCGACGACAUUUUCAGUGUCAACAUGACAGAUCAGUCCGGCAAUCGCUCCCAGGAGUGUGGCAGCUUUGUCCUGGCUAAGAGCAGUGAGCCCGUCCCCCCUUUCAAUGUGACCGUGACCUUCUCGGAACAUUAUAACGUCUCCUGGGACUCCAAUCACGAUUCCUAUCCGCUGAAGGGCAAGCUACAACACGAGCUGCGGUACAGGAGGCAGGGAGACCCCUGGGUGCUGAGUCCCGGGAGAAAGCUGGUCUCCGUGGACGCGAGGAGCGUCUCUCUCCUUCCCUUGGAGUUCCGCUUUGACUCGGACUACGAGGUCCAGGUGCGCUCGGGGCCGCAGCCCGGCUCUUCCUUCCAGGGGACGUGGAGCGAGUGGAGUGACCCAGUCACCUUUCACACCCUGCCGGAAGAGCUGAAGGGAGACGGCCACAUCUACCUGCUGUAUAUCUUCCUGGUCAUUGUAGUCAUAGUCUUCUUGGGCCUGAAGAUCGACCUGCCUUGGAGGCUGUGUAAAGAGUGGGUACACGUGCCCAGCCCAGAGCAGUUCUUCCAGCCCCUCUACGUGAGCCACAGCGGAGACUUCAGGAAAUGGGUGGGCACGCCCUUCACUGCCUCCAGCUUGGAGCUGGUGCCCUGGAGCCCAGAGGCACUUUCGUCCCUGGAGACGCACACCGGCUGCCCGCCGCAGGGUGCCAGCAAGGGGCCGGAGGCCACGGAGCUGCCGGAGCCCACGGACCUGGUGGAGGCCGACGGGGUGCCCGAGCUGGGCUUCUGGGGCCCAGCCCACUCCGUCGUCAGCAGCCUCGGUGGCUCAGCUUACAGCCAGGAGAGGGACCGGCCAUACGGCCUCGUGUCCAUUGACACAGUGACCGUGGCGGGCACCGAGGGGCCCUGUGCCUGGUCCUGCACCUGCGGAGAUGAUGGCUACCCAGCCCUGAACUUGGACGCCAGUCUGGAGCCUGGCUCGAGCACUGGGGACCCGCUCUUGGACACAGAGACCACAGUCCUGUCCUGUGGCUGCGUCUCGACUGGUGGCCUUGGCGGGCCGGACAGCCCUCUGGGCAGCCUCCUCGACAGGCUGAAGCUGCCCCUCAAAGAUGAGGCGGGUUGGACCCCGGGGCCGCCCUGGAGCGGCGGGCCACCCCGAGGGGUGCCUGGAAGCGAGGCAGGCUCGCCCCCGGCCGGCCUAGACAUGGACACUUUUGACAGCGGCUUCGCGGGCUCUGACUGCGGGAGCCCUGUGGAGUGUGACUUCGCCAGCCCUGGGGACGCAGGGCCCCCCAGGAGCUACCUCCGCCAGUGGGUGGUCAUGACCCCUCCACCUGAGGGAUCUGGGCCGCAGGCCAGCUAGCGAGGCCGACUGGCCGUCUGGAGCUGGCCGAGCCACUCUGCCCUGAGCCAGAGCUGCGGGCCCCUGGGCCGGAGGGUGAAGCGGCCUGCAACCUCCGGUCCCCCCGACGGGGCCCCCGGGCCCGAUGUUUACGGCGACCCAGGUGCACACUGCUGUGUCCGUGUGUGAUCAGCACAGCUGCCAGAGGGCACGGAGCGUGCCGCGGUGAAGCCACGUGCCCGAGGCCACACACGUCUGUGCCCACAAGAGGUCCCCGUGUGUACGGAUGUGAGAAGCACAUGUGUCCAUGACGGUGUGCACGGGAUGCCAGCCUCGCUCCUCACCAGACACGUGGGGUGGCCCCAGGUCGUGUGCCGAGGGGCUGGUCCAGGGUCACUCACGGCCCUGCCGGGACGAGGCCACUGCCUGCGGCGUCCGAAUUCCAGCCCUCCGGAUCCGGCCUCCAGGAGCCGCAGGACGUCCAUACUGUUCCUUUUCACCUCUCGGGGCGGGGAAGAGGAUGGAGGGGGCCCACCGUGAUCCUGGGUGUGGGGAGGUUUGGGGGGAGCCUGGUGGGUCAAGAUCUGCUUCCUAACUGUGAUGCCUCUGGGCUGUGCCGCCUUGAGCCAGCCGCUUCCCCUCUCUGGGCUGGAGUUUCCCGUUUGGACUAGGGUGUGGGGGUGCGUGACCCAUCUUGGGGAGAAAUGGGUGAGGUCACCCAGGGUACAGGGUGCGACAGAGCAGACCCUCAAUAAACUCAGUUUCCUUCCUUCU